CUUCACUGACCGCCAUGACCAUCAUGAACUCAUCAUUAUCAUCAACAUCUACGACGACGCGGAGGCGGCGCGCACGCUCGUCCGCGCAUACAGUGCCCUCGGCGCCCAUCACGCAUUCACCACCUCCACGCACUAUUCUGCCUGUCGCGCAGUCACACCUCACACUGUGGGCGCUCCUAUUGACGUGUCCUCCAUCCGUGCACGCGCAGUACUUCUACACGAACACCCGACAUGAGUUAUCGCCAGGAGCUGUCGCGGGGAUCGUCGUAGCCGCCGUCCUCGUCGUCCUAUUCUUCCUCGGCAUGUACCUCUACAGCCGACGGCGCCAUCGCCGGGCAGCGCUCGUGCUACAGCGGGUGAAUAGCGAGCCGCCGAUGGAGGAGACUCAGGCUGCGCCGAGGCUGGUGCAUUUUCCGGAGAGGCCGCAGACGGCGCACAGUGUGGGGAAAGGCGGUAUAUUGAGGUCGUCUGUUUGAGUAGUGACUUCGAAUACCUCCCUUUCCUGAAACUUUCUAACCUCAUCGUCCUUGUGUACAAUGGUUUAACUACCUCUAUACUCCUCUCGACUACUUACACGACUUCCAAUGUCUCUUGCUAUCGCGUUAUAGUUGCUCUGCACAAUGUAUGACACCCGACUACUACCG